AUUCUCCCAUAACUUGUCUGAUCCCGACCGACCUUGCUUCAUCAAUAAGUGAAGCCUACCAUUUCUCAAUUGCUUCAUUCUAUUUUCUGAAUAUUAUCAUUUGGCUUGAUUGCUAUCGUCUUUUUGAACCGUGUAAUUGUACAGAUAUAUAGUGCGUGUUACCUGUAUCGCGCAUCUCGUCGCGCCUCAUCGCAAGCUAAUCGCAUUCAUCGAGCUGCACUUAACGACCUACUAUCACCCACGAGAAUACGACCUCAAAUAAAACCGUGUCACUAUGGCUGAUCUUGAUGAAGAGAUCUUAGCCCUUGUUGGCGGUGACGAUGAAUCAUCAGAUGAGGAACAAGAUGUAGAUGUUAGCCGUUCCACAUCUAGGACCCCCGAUGCCGAUGCAAAGAAGCAGGCAAAAGACACAAAGCAGAAGACUAGUAGGAAACAUGAUGAUUCAGACGAAGAGGAAGGAGAGGCCUCUUCGAUUGCUUCCCCUGCCUCGCAAGACUCUGCUCCUAUGGAUGAAUCUGACUCCGAUGACGACGUGUUCCAGACGAACAACGCCAACGGUAAAGUAGAUGAUGAUGUCGACAAUAAGUACCCUGUCGAUGGAAUCUAUGCAAGCGAAUUGGAGAAAGAGGAAAUUCUAGCCAUGCCCGAGCUUGAGCGAGAACAAUUGCUUUCUCACCGCCAGGAGCAAGUCGACCGCCAGCGGCAAAACACACUACUACGUCGAUUGCUAUUGAAGACGAGAGAGGAUGAUAGCCAGCCAGACAAGAAGCGCAAAGCGGGUUCUGCUGACCUGGAUGACCCUCAACGCAAGACCUCACGGCAGAGAACAAGAGUCGGUGGAUCAAAGGUGGGCGAGACAAGCGCUGGAAUAGAGUCCCUCCGACGUGCCCGAGCCGAAAAGAGCGAUCGACUGCGCCGUAGAGAAGAGGAUAGGGAACGCAACAAGAAGUCAUAUUCCGCCUCGCGCGAUAGUGUUGACCGUGACAUUGAUGGUGAUAGCGACGGCGGUUGGGCGGGCGCAUCUAGGAACAGGCCUUCCAAGUCGCGAACUCCGGAAAUUAAAGAAAUCCCAUUUGCUGACUUGCGCGAUAUCGAGCGCAUCCGACUUGGUCGCACCCGAUUUGCCCAAGUCUGCUUCUUCCCUGGGUUUGAUGAAGCUAUCACCGGUUGUUACGUUCGUGUUUCUCUUGGUCCGGGUCCCGAUGGUGUGCCUGUUUAUCGGAUGGCUAUAAUCAAAGGCUUUACGCAAGGCAAAGCAUAUGCUAUGAGCAAGCCGAACGGCCAGACUUUUGUCACCGACCAGUACAUUAGGGCCGCUCACGGCAAAUCCGAAAGGGAUUGGCCGUUCAUCAUUUGCUCUGAUUCUUCAUUCACUGACGCCGAGUUCAACCGUUACAAGAAGGUUUGCCAGGACGAGGGCGUUCUCUUCCCCAGAAGGCCAACACUAGAUGCUAAGAUUAAUGACAUCAAUAGCCUCAUAGAUCAUACCUGGACCAACACCGAGGUGAAUGCCAAGAUUGAGCGAGAGCGAGCUCUUCUCAGCAAAUUUCAACCCGCGGAACGAAAUCGGUUGGUCAAGUCAAUCGAGGAAGCCAAAGAACGCGGAGAUGACGCGCUAGUUUCGGAGUUGCAAGACCAGCUGGACUCUCUCGAGACUCCGCGCUUGGCAUUUAAGACUAGUUUGGCACAGGCCUCCAAGUCUCCAAACUUGGCUCCCUCACAGCAGGAGCGCCUAGCUGCCCUGAAUGCCGAGAAUCGACGACGCAACGUGGAAGCAGUGCGUAAGGCUCAGAUGAAUGAGAAAGCGAAAGCGCGCCAGAUCGAGUCCCGCCUUGCGCGAGGGGAAGAUGGUGGAGACGCCUCGCGCCGUCUUAAAGCCAGACCCAAGUCCGGGCAGGAGAUCAACGAAACUGCCGAGCAAAAGUCGGCGCCUAUCAAUGUCAGCAGCGCGUUAGACACGCCAGCCAACGGAACACCAAAGCAAACUGCCACUACGAGGUUGCCAAUGCUACCUCAUCUACAGAAGCUCCAGGCACAAAAUCAUCAAACAGGAAAGGAUAAGAAGGGAAUCCCACAGAUCCAUAAGCCAAUCGUGGAUGAUGAUAUCAUCGCAUCUCUGGAUCUUGAUAUCGAGGUUGAAAUCGACUAAAUGGUGAAAGGGACGUUAUGGGGCGUGGAUUACCGUAGUGAUCGUGCAAGUCUUCUUCCAGCCUAUUUCUUAUCUUGCAGGCUGGGAGAUAGCGUAUCUGAUCUCUGUAUUCCGAGGGCUAUAUUAUCACCGGUUUAUUCGCGCAGCCUCGAACGAUGUCGCACUCUCAACUAAGUGGAAAUUAAUUAGACACGGUGCUAGUAGCAAAUAGGAACAUCAAUGCAGUAGGUAAAUGACCUGAAUAUACAGACAAGUGUAUAGGAACUUAGUCAUUGCGUGAGAUUAUUCGGGGAAUGGAUUACUCUUUCUACUCUCUCCCCGAAACGCGAUUUACCAUCUCAGCCAUUCUAACAAAGCACUAGGUACCAUUAGUGUAACCUAAGGUUACCUAGACGAACUGCGGUGGAACUAGGGGUUCCUCCCUCGCAAAGAUCUGUACCUAUAGAGAGAUAAGCCGUCCGAUACUCAACAACUUAACUCUUAAUGAUCAAUACUUUUGCAAUGGGUCCUGAAAAUAUCGGUAAUACAGGCUAUCAAUCGUGAAGUCCGAAAUGAACGGCUUAAACUCUUUGACAAACACAAAAUUUAGGAGACGGCGUACGUGAUAUGUAUUAAUGAAGUUGUUACUCGCUGAAGUUUUGGAGAAUCAUCAUCAAGACAUGCCCGCUGCAGGAAUAAUCAAUAAAUUCGCAUUCAAAAGUCAAGUUGAUCUAGAUUUCUCUAUCCUCAACUUUCCCGAUUUAGA